AUGGGCACAACGAAUAUCCGCUUGAAUGACUUAGCCAAGUUUUCCAGGAAACAUAGGAGCUUCCAGCGCGUGCGCUUGCCGACUGAGCAGGCAGGAAAUGGACCGUUGGCCACGGCCGAAAUCCCUCGCCGUCGAGCUGGAGCUAAGCCCACCGUCCAUGUCCGCCCAAAUAGCAUAGUCAGGCUUUCCAGUAAAGAUAUAGGCUUUGGCCAGCGCAUGCGCCGCCCGACUGAGAGAUUCCUGGAGAUACAGGGGGGAAAUGGACCGUUGGCCACGGCCAAAAAUCCGAGACAGGAGGAUGUCGUCAAGAACCUGAAUGGAGCCUCGGAACCGGAUGCUGGGACGACAAGUAGACCGUCUCUUAACGUUCCGCAAAAUCCAUAUUCCGAGAAAUCGCCCAUAGCACAGAUGCUCAGUAAAGGUAUGCUACUUGAUGCGCUGGGCAAGCCUAUAGUCUCGCCGAUUCUCGCUCGGGAUGCUUGCAAAUGUGCGGACUGCAUCGACCCUUCCGACCGACAACGCAAUUUCUCCUACGCAAACAUACCAACAGACAUCAGCUUCUCCUCGGUAUCUCACAACCCAAAGACCGGGGAGUCGCUCGUUAGCUGGCGCAACGACAUCCCACCCCACUUCCCGGGCAAGGCAUCAUUAUUCGAUUGUGAGACCGUCGCGUCCCUGGAAAAGACGUUCCGCAACCCACUUUGGAGCUUGUAUAACGUACCUCAGAGACUGUGGGACUCUGGUUCCUUCACUGGCGAGACCAACCGAAUCGAUUUCAACGAGUACCAGACCGAUGACGACGUAUUAGCUGAAACGUUGUACCUCCUAUGGCGAGAUGGCCUUGUCUUCGUCGACGGGGUGCCCGAAUCGGAAGCGUCCGUCUCCCAGAUUGUCACCCGCAUUGGGCCGCUCAUGAACACUUUCUAUGGGACUACCUGGGACGUCAGGUCCGUACCGAACGCCAAAAAUGUGGCCUAUACCGCCAAGUAUCUCGGAUUCCACAUGGACUUGCUCUAUAUGCGCGAACCCCCGGCCUUCCAAUUCCUCCAUUGUAUACACAAUGAAAGCGUGGGCGGCGAAUCGAGAUUUGCAGACACGUUCAAGGCCGUCGACCUCCUCCAUGCUCGAGAUCCUUCAAAAGUGGUUGCCCUCAUGGAUCAGGAUAUCCGCUACGAGUAUGACAACGAUGGUCAUUUCUAUUCAGACGCCAAACCUACGAUCUUGAGGAAUUUCGAACUACAUGUACCCAACCGGCCAACUUACAACGCCCAAGACCCGCUGCUCAUGUCCAACGUCGGCCGUGUCCAUUGGUCGCCCCCUUUCGUCGGGGAUCUGCAGCAAACGCAGCACGGCGAACUCGUACGCCUCGUUUCCGCAAGCAAGGCGUUUUCCGAUAUCCUCGAACGGCCAGAGAUGGUCGUUCAGGAGAAAAUGGACAGCGGGACUUGUGUCAUCUUCGACAAUCUACGGGUCGUACAUGCCAGGAAUGCCUUCGACCUGAACUCGGGUAGGAGGUGGUUGAAAGGGGCCUACCUUGCCAGACAGGACUUUGUGAGCAGGGCAUCGGGCCUGCUUAGCCGGUUUCCGGCCGAUACGUCUUUUCAAGCGUCGCAACCCGGUGACUGGCCUCUUCGCUAA